AUGGCAUUCCACUACACCUACUCAUAUUUCCGAGUCUCCAAGACAGAGGAUAUCAGUGCCUCGGCACAGAGAUACCGCGAGCUGCGCCUCAAAGCACUGAAAACCUCGCCCAGCUCGUUCUCAUCUACUUACGACAUUGAAGCCGCUUUCACCCACGCCGACUGGAUCGAUCGCCUGACUGUGCCCAAUCAAGAAGUCUUUAUCUGCGCCGCCACACGACACAGCAAUAACAAUGGCCUCUCAUUCUCCGAGGGCGCCGAGUGGAUCGGCCAAGUGACUCUGCGCGGACCUCUAUCAGCAACCGAUUUCGUCUUGCCCGAGGCUUCUGGGCAGCCACCACAAAGACCAGACGAGGAAGAAGAGCGCUGGCAGAUGCUCAGCCUGUUCACACUUCCGGAGCAUCGGGGCAAGGGACUCGGCGGGAAUCUGUGUCAGGAGGCGCUCGAUUUUCUUCGGUCUUAUCGUGCAUCUCCUCCGGCAGUUCAGGUGCGGCUUAUGGUUAAACCGGAUAACCAUGCCACGGUGAAGUUGUAUCUACGUCUGGGGUUUGUGGAAGCUGGGAAAUGUACUCUUGCUGAAGCACUAGUGGCGAAUGGCGAUGGACAUCUUUUGCCUAAGGAUCCUGAUCCUGUCAAGUAUGCGGAUCGACAGGGACUGAUCAUGAUCUCGCGGAUAUCUCGACCAUGA